AACUAGGCAGUUCUUUUAUUGGACGAAACACCAAAAGUAUGGUGUAUGAGAAAAUAAACUGGGUUCCAUCAAACCUUAAAACUUUUGCUUUUCAAAAUAUUGGAAAGCUAUAGACUGAAAGAAGAUUUUUGCAAAUCAUGGAUCUUAUCAAAGGUAUCCAGAGCAUACAAAGACCCCUCCGCAUUUGCUAGAUGCUAAAUGUUUGCAUCCACCGAAACCCAGGCGUUGAGAUCCGAAUGCCCGGUGGUGUUAGGUGAGUCCUGUGGAGGGUGAUUAGGUCACGAGAGCAGAGUUCUCACAAACAGGAUGAGGGCCAACGAAACGCCAGGCACUGUGCUAGGUGCUGGUGACAGCUAGGUGCUGGUGAUGGCCCCUGUCUCAGCAGAGGUUUUAUUCCAGCAGAACAGGCAGAUAGUAAACAAAUAAUUACAUGGGGAUUUAAAAACAGUUGUGAUACACAUGAAAAUAAUGAGGUCCAGGGUGUUAGUAGAACAUAUAACAGUGGACUUGAGUCUGCCGUGGUCUUCCUCUUCUGCCCCAAGAAAUAAGUAAGUUGCCUGAAGUUGGUCAACCAAUAAGAGAGGGACCUUGUCUUUUUCCUUGGGUAUUCUGUGGUCUUUGGACCAAACUUGAAUGUACUUUGUAUUACAGCCAAUAGCCCUGUUUUCACUAUUUAUGCUCAGAGAGAGAAACAGCUGAAAUGUGAUGAAUAAACGUAUCUGAGGUUUUGAAAAAUAUUCAAAACAAAUUAUCACUAAAACUGGGUCAGUGAAACCUUCCCUGUCCUGGAAGGCUGAUGUCACACCCUUGAUUUUUACAAGCAUAGCCAAGUUAAAACAUUGAACACGGACAGAUGCGUUGGCAGGUAUCAUCCCCGCCUUAUGAUAGCACGGUGACAGCCACACAGCCCGCUCUGUGCUUUCCUAUGUGGGCUGAGACAUUUUUGUCAGAAAGUGAUCAUCCUCAAUAUUGCCAUUUUGCCAAAUACGUUCCUUUUCCCUUAGCUAGGAAUUAUCCUAAUGUGGCAUUAUUGAAUUCAAAGUCAGUUUCCUAUGCACCUACUAUGUGUCGAACUAUAGGGAUACAGGUUGGGGGGUGGGGGAUCAAGCUGUGCGUGGAAGACAUUCACAGUCUAGUAGUGAAGUCAUGAAAAACGAGGAGCUGCUCUUGAGUAUCGGGCGGUUAUUCUUCACACCUCUCCCCCCAAAACCCAAAGCUCUCCUACCAUGCUGACCCAAGGGACCAAGAGAAGUCACGCUGGGUUGUACUUCUUUCUUUCCCUUUCUUCCAGCUUCUCUGGCUUCCCAGCCUCAAGUUGGGCAUAAAAUGCUGGACAGCACGACUGCCCACGGAAACCCAACUCCUUGGCGUCACACCUGCCUCCCACAAGGUGUGUCCAGAAGCCCCUAAGCCUUGGUUCUUUUCUGGGUGCUUUGUGAGCUAAGAGCCACCUCAAAGGCUCAAGUGUGUAGCGACACUAAGGUUCCUUCUCUUGCUUUGUAAUGUCUGUACCCAGUCACUACCAUUUCUUAAAAAAAGUUAAGCAUUCCAAGAAGCCCUCUUGCAAUACGGUCGGCCUUGACUUAGCAGGCACGGAAGCAAAGGUGGUCCCCUGGUGUUUCCUGCUUCCUCGGAGUCCCAGGGGAAGGACUGUGAGAGGAUGCCAAGCUGGUUUUCCAGUGGGAGCGUCCUUCCUGAGCUGUGUCGCUAGGCAACCCCAGGUGUGACGUGAGCCCCUCCUCAAGCAAACUGAUUACGGUGCAAGAACUGGGGCCAGGGACUCCGUGCCACCAUGGGGCACUGAUUUUGGGGGGUGUUGUCCGUUGCCCUCCAGCCUCCCUUUGGGUCCUCAUGGCGCCAUUUCAAAGCGCUCCGUCCCAAUCUUCCAAACCAAUGGCCAUUUCUGGGCGGGUUGCCAGGGUCAGACUCUCGGGGAACCCGCACGGCUCGGGUGCUGCCUUUUGGGAGAGCCACGUCACUCUUCUCUCAGUUUCCGAAAAGCCGACAGCCGGACACCUCGGGCCACAUUCGAGCUUCCAGAGCCCGUCACGGCCGCACCAUCGACCAACCGGGACCGAAUCACGUCUGGGAUGGGCGGGGCCGCAACCUGUACCUCCAGACCCGACGGCGGCCUCCCGCGUCGGCCCCGCCCCCCACUUCCGGCCGGACCGCGGUCACGUGUUCUGACUCGCCCAGCAGACGCGGCUCCUCCGGCGUCCACUGUCCCGUCUUCCCUUCCGCCGGAAGUGGGGCGACUUUCCUUUUCCGGCUACGGGUCCCCAAACGGAGGGGGAGGCCGGACGGGGCAGCGGAGCGGCGGCGGGGGCGGUAAUGGCGGAGCUGGUGCAGGGGCAGAGCGCUCCGGUGGGGAUGAAGGGCGAGGGCUUCGUGGACGCCCUGCACCGGGUCCGGCAGUAGGUAACCAGUUAGGGGCCUUGGUACAUCAAAGGGCAGUCAUAACGGAAGAAUUCAAAGUGCCUGAUAAGAUGGUUGGCUUUAUUAUUGGCAGGGGAGGUGAGCAGAUUUCACGGAUUCAAGCCGAAUCUGGCUGCAAAAUUCAGAUUGCUUCAGAGAGUUCUGGGAUUCCAGAGAGGCCCUGUGUACUUACCGGAACCCCAGAAAGUAUUGAACUGGCCAAGCGGCUCCUGGGGCAGAUCGUGGACCGCUGCCGGAACGGGCCUGGCUUCCACGGCGACGCAGACGGCAGCAGCACGGUGCAGGAGGUCCUCAUCCCCGCGUCGAAAGUGGGGCUGGUCAUCGGCAAAGGCGGGGAGACCAUCAAGCAGCUGCAGGAGCGGACGGGAGUGAAGAUGGUCAUGAUCCAGGACGGCCCACUGCCCACGGGCGCAGACAAGCCUCUUCGCAUGACGGGAGACCCGUUUAAAGUGCAGCAAGCGAGAGAAAUGGUGCUGGAGAUCAUCCGAGAGAAAGACCAGGCCGACUUCCGCGGCGUGCGCGGGGACUUCGCCGCCCGGACCGGAGGAGGCAGCAUAGAGGUGUCUGUGCCUAGGUUUGCUGUUGGGAUUGUAAUAGGAAGAAAUGGGGAAAUGAUCAAAAAGAUCCAGAAUGACGCUGGUGUGAGGAUUCAGUUCAAACCAGACGAUGGUAUUAGUCCAGAGAGAGCUGCCCAGGUCAUGGGGCCCCCCGACCGAUGCCAGCACGCGGCCCACGUCAUCAACGAGCUUAUUCUCACAGCCCAGGAAAGAGACGGCUUUGGAGGCCUCGCAGUGGCCAGAGGACGAGGCCGUGGCCGUGGCGACUGGAGCCUGGGAGCGCCCGGUGGCAUCCAGGAGAUAACCUACACGGUGCCAGCAGACAAGUGUGGCCUCGUCAUCGGCAAAGGGGGCGAGAACAUCAAGAGCAUAAACCAGCAGUCGGGGGCGCACGUGGAGCUGCAGCGGAACCCCCCUCCCAACACCGACCCCGGCCUGCGGAUUUUCACCAUCCGGGGGGUUCCUCAGCAGAUCGAGGUGGCCCGGCACCUCAUCGAUGAGAAAGUUGGCGGCCCCAGCCUGGGAGCACCCGGCGCCUUCGGACAGAGCCCCUUCAGCCAGCCUCCUGCCGCCCCGCACCAAAACACCUUCCCUCCGAGGAGCUCCGGGUGCUUCCCGAACGUCGCUGCUAAAGUCAACGGGAACCCCCACAGCGCCCCCGUGAGCGGUCCUCCGGCCUUCCUGACCCAGGGCUGGGGCAGCACCUACCAGGCGUGGCAGCAGCCAGCACAGCAAGUCCCAGGCCAGCAGAGCCAGCCGCAGAGCAGCCAGCCCGACUACAGCAAGGCCUGGGAAGACUAUUACAAGAAGCAGAGUCACGCCGCCAGUGCGGCUCCUCAGGCCAGCUCCCCGCCGGACUACACGAUGGCCUGGGCGGAGUACUACCGGCAGCAGGCCGCCUUCUACGGGCAGACGCUCGGGCAGGCGCAGGCCCACAGCCAGGAGCACUAGGACGGCGCCUGCGGCCCCCCGAGAUCAUCAUGGACGGGAACUUGUUUGUAACAGAGGUUUUUAGAUUUGCAAACAUUUUGAUGAAGAACCUUUGUUUUGUUCUGUGAAACACUAUUAACAGGAUUUUUCUAAAAAUCGGGAAAUUAGUCACUAAACUUGCUGAUAAUUUUUGUUAUUUCAAACGUGGAAGCUCCAGUAUUUUUUUUUGGAGCAAUAUCUGCAAAAUCAGGCAGCGGACUGUGCCUGGUAACAUUGACAUUUCAGCUGGUGUGUUUUUGUUUUUGUUUUGUUUUGUUUUUUGCGUGUCUUUUUAUUUACAGUUUCUGUUGCAACAGAAAGUGGCUUGGAAGUCUUAGGUGGUAUGUAACAAAUUAUUUUUAAAAUUUUUUAAACAAUAUUUAAAUGUUCUUAAACAUGUAAAUUCAUUAAAUGUUUUACUUCUAAUUUCUUGUACCUUUGGCUGUCUGGUUUUAUUGCAUUUUUUUUUAAAAAACUGAACUAUUAUGUAUUGUAAUUAAUUAUGUGAAUUCUGAAUUAAGACAGAGAAUUGUAUUGCUGUCCCACAGGGGCUGGGAGGGGGCAUUUUAUAGGGUUUGUAUAAUUUCUAGAGUUCUAAGGGUAAUAUAAAAAUGUGUUCAUGUGUCUAGCAUGUUUUUUCAUGUCUCCAUUACCUUUGAAAUUGUGUAUCUAAGACCUCCAAGCUUGUUUUAAAAACAAAACAAAAAACCUUUCUCUAUUCUCUCAGAAAUAUACUGUUAUUUUUUAAUAUUAAAAAGAAAUUCAAUAUAACUUUUAACACUGUGGAACAUUAAACUGCAUAAAAACCUAGUAACUAUUUUUUAAUUCCAAAGCAUUCUUUGCUUUUUUCUUUUAAAUAUUUUUUAAUAUUUGUCAGAUUAACUAGAUGAAUAAAUAAAUCUAGUAUUAACCACAAUAUGAAUUAAAUAAUUUUGAUUUAAUAAAAGGGAUAAUAUUUCCAAUGUUUACUGUAGUGGAUCUUGUACAGAUAACAUGUAUUUUUAAAGGAAAGAAAAACAGACUUGAAGCUAUUUUUUCUUGCAUUUUUAAUUGACCUGGGAGACAUUCCGUUUGAAAUGUACUAAAGUUACAGUUUGUUUUAUCUUGUUUUCCGUAUAAAUGCUUGAAAUGUCUAACUAUUAAAAAAAGGCCGUUGGAAAUCUUAUGCAUGUGGUUUUAAAGAAAGUGGUCUCUUUAUUUGACUGACAAUUCAUUUUACACUCUGUAUAAUAAAAUUCCCACGAGACACCUUGUGGGUGAACGAAGU